AUGAUCAAGGCACUGCGCAAUGGGGGAGCACACCUGGAUUUCCGGACACGGGAGGGAAUGACAGCUCUUCACAAGGCCGUCCGGUGCCGCAACCACGCAGCGCUGCUGACACUGCUGGACCUGGGUGCCUCCCCAGACUACAAGGACAGCCGGGGGUUGACGCCCCUGUACCACAGUGCCAUGGUGGGAGGGGAUCCCUAUUGCUGCGAGCUCCUGCUGCACGACUACGCCCGGCUCGGCUGUGUGGACGAGAAUGGCUGGCAGGAGAUCCACCAGGCAUGUCGCUAUGGCCAUGUUCAGCACCUGGAGCAUCUUCUCUUCUAUGGAGCUGAUAUGACUGAGAGCUGCGCUCGGGUUCUCCUCUUCCGUGGUGCGAGCAAAGAGAUUCGCAACUACAACAGCCAGACAGCGUUCCAGGUGGCCAUCAUUGCAGGAAAUUUUGAAUUGGCUGAAAUCAUCAAAACCCACAAAGAGUCCGAUGUUGAGUCCAGGGCUAUGUUAGCGUGGCUGUGUUAA